AUGAGCAGCAAUGCCUCCUACUGCUCUCCGAACCAGCCCAACCGGGCCGCCGCCAUGCUGGAAUUGGACCCUGUUUGGAAGCAGGAGAUGGUAUCUCACUACUUUGAUGUGGUUCACGAUACACACCAUAGCCUUUUCCACCGUCCAACAUUCGAGCGAGACUUGCGGAAUAAUCAGAUACCCGAUGUGAUCUUGUAUUCGGUCCUCUCGUUGGGCAUCAGAUUCGCAUCCUCGCCUCAAAGGCGCGACCAUCACUUUGCCGAGCUAGCCUACCGAGCCCUCGACAUGCGAGAUCUGUCCAUUGUUACCAUCCAAGGCUGCCUAUUACUGGGUACCAUGUGCUUCGUCGACAACAAAGCUGCGACCGAAACCUUGUACGUUGCCACAGCCAUCCGUCUUGGCCUCAUUUUGGACCUUCCACAACGAAAGUGUCAGACAGAGCUGGAACGUCAGAUAAAUUUGCGCGUCUACUGGACACUCUACAUGACUGAUUUGUGGGUCUCUGCCGGCCUCAAACUAUCGAGACAAAUUCUGUUUCGAGACGACGUCGAGCUGCCUUCGGAGGAAUCUGUUUUCCUCGGCCUCUCUCCAACGGAACCUGUGCGUACAGCCAGCGGAGAGCGAACGCGGAGUAUAUGGGGAGAGAUGGCCAAGCUCGCCCGGAUAUGGUCUGAUGUCCAGGACCUCAACAACAUGGCAGUAGAGUGCGGUCUCGAGCCCAUGGCACUGGCUGCCGAGAUUGACGCAAUAGCUGCGCGUCUCGACGCAUGGCAACAUCAGCUACCAUUCUACAUCCAAGAAUCGGAGCAGAACUUGGAGCGCGCCAACGCCAUGGGCAUCAAUGUGGGCAACUCAUUCGCCGCAUUGCAUCUGGGGUUCCACUACUACUACGAGGUGUUGUGCUACCGCUUCAUGGCAGAGAGUUUUCGCCAUCCCACGCCACAGACGAUGGCGUACGCGGAAAAAUGUGCCCAACACGCCGAGGCAUUUUGCGAUCUGCUCUAUCUCUGCGAAGACAAGGACAACCGCUGCUCGUACGCCAUGGUUGGCCACAUGCUGGUCGUCACGUCGACCGUCUACAUGCACCGUCUUCUUUGCAGCAGCAGCGAAAGUGGGCUUGCCGAGGAACAAGCCCCUGAGAUACGCAAACGGCUCGCGCACAAUUUCGAGAUUUUGACAGAGCUGCAGCUGCACUGGGUCAGUUUGGAUGCGUGCUUAUCACGUCUCAAGGUCUUUCACAAUGCGUGUCUCUUCUCCAUUGAGCAUUCAUUCAACAUGGACCGGUGGAUGCUGCGCUUCAUCCUCGAGCAUGGCAGCCAGAUGCCCGAAAAAUUCAUCGUUCAGCCGGACGACGCACAGGAGACGUGGAUCGGCGGGGCCGAGUCGGCGGUCGGCGCUUCUGCGAGGAGUUUGCAGGAUUGGUUGAGCAGGAUAUGGCGGAAGGCAGCUCCUAUCUGGACUGCUUCCCGUGGCCCCAAUGCCAGCCGUACGGAGAUCGCCUGUACAGUCUUUGCCGGUCAAGUUCUCUCCGGCUCCUGGUUUGCCCACAGCGCCAUCUACUUCUUCGAGCAGGUUGGCAUCACCUUCGAGAUGGCUUACAACCUCGGCCUGGUUGGUACAGGCAUCGCGUUCUGCGGAACCGUCCUCUCUUGGUUUCUGAUGAACCAGUUUGGCCUUCGCAAGCUGUACAUUGCCGGCAUGUUGGCUAUGAUCACUGCGCUCUGCGUCAUUGGCGUCCUCCGAGUGGCCAGCCACGAAAAAAUACUCAGCUUGCGCUGGGUACAGUCGGCGCUCUGCAUCUGCUGGCUGUUGAGCUUCUCCCUGACCGUCGGUCCUGUGGGCUGGACAAUCCCUGCCGAGGUGUCAUCGACGCGUCUGCGGUCGCAGAGCAUUCGCUAG